CGGCGGCGCGGGCGGGGCGCGGGGGGCGGCGGCUCCGCUCAACUUCGGCGGAGCGGCGGCGGCGAGAGCGCUGCCCCGGCUGGGCGCCGGCGGCGGGACGGCAGCGGGCACCGCGGGCUAAUCCGUACCCCAGUGUGGGUUUAAGCCUGCUGUGCCAGUUUAGAGGGCUUGACUUCAAGCCACGUCCUUCUCCUCCCGGUACCCUCUCCGCUCGCCCUGGGUCCGUCUGUCCGCACAAGCAGCGGGAGCGCUGGUGCCAAGCAAAGACACACAGAGCAUUAUGUCAUUGGCAUCCUGGUUCAGGUGGAAUGAGCCCCCAAACCGCAUUUCCCAGAGGAGCCCCACAGAAAUGGUGGUUGAAACGCUCAUGAUGGAGCUGAGCUGGCAGAUCAAGCAGGCAGAGAAGCAGCAGCGAGAGAGGGAGAACGAAUACCGCAAGAUCAAGACCGGGGUGGACUACGGCUGGCUGGUCAGCUAUCCAAAGCAGAGCUAUGACAUCAGCCCUGGAGAACGGCUGCAGCUGGAGGACAUGUGCACCAAAAUACAUCCUUCCUACUGUGGGCCUGUCAUACUCAGGUUCAGGCAAGUCGUUGCAGAGUACGAACCAGAAGCACAGGAAGUAUCCCGGCUCUUCCGCUCCGUCCUGCAGGAAGCUGCUGAGAAGAUCAAAGAGGAGGAAGAGGCCAAGAAGCUUGCAAGGCAGUGGAACACAAAGAACAGAACCAGCCUCUCCUUAACAACAUUUAAAUCUCGGUCCAGGAUUUCCCCAUUCAUCAGUGACAUCAAGACCAUCUCUGAGGAUGUGGAACGGGGCACCCAGCCCAACAGGAGGGUUUGGAGCAUGCCAGAAUUUCGGAACACCAAGGAUUUCUGACUCUGUACUGAAUAAGGUUUUUAGACACUGAUCUUUCAAAAUCCCAGCUAACCCGUUUUUAACUCUACUGUUUCUUCUUUUUUCCAUCUCUCUUUCCCUGCCUGUCUCUGUCUUGGAAGCUGUGUCCGUAGUAACCACUGCUGAUGCCUGCAGUUUGUGACAGGAUUUAUUUAUUACCAAACAUGGUAGUCUUUCCUUUAACUCAGUAGCUAUUCAGUAAUCUUAAGGGCAAGGCUCACUUGCUAUCUCAUUUUUAUUACUGCUUUCUUGUGGAAAAUGAAUUAGUUUUGCUAUGUAUGUCUUCUCCCUUUUCCCUCCAGCCUGGAUGUAGUUAUCUAUAAAAACUUCUGGCUCAAGCUACUGAGAGCUGCUGGCUGGACCAAUCUUGCUGAAAGCAAGACAGCCACUUAAAUGAGUGAGGCUUGCAGGAUCAGGCUUGUGAGUUAAAGCUAGUAUCUGAUUUGGAACUGAACUUCCUUUUCCAACUAGCCUUCUUCAGUGCUACAACAAACUUCACAGGUAACCUCAGCACUGCUCUUGAUCUGCAUUUUUGCUGACAGUUCACAAUCCAACCAGAGUAGAAGCAGACCCAAGCUUUUUGAGAUUAAAGACCAAUCAUGUUAGACAGCCACCAGUUUAUGCAUGUUCAAGUUUCUUAGGUACUUUCUCUCUUGUGGAGGCAGAACCCCCUGAACCUUGCACGUGCAGAGUAGAUAGAAAUUUAUCAACCUGCUGUGCAGAUACACAGGUGGAUACCUCAGUGCAGUGUCAAGUGCUGUUCUGGGGCCUCAGUGGUCUGUGUUGCUGAGCCAAGUGCUCCACCCUACACCCCAGAAAUAAAUCAGUGGGCUGAAAUCAAUGUUUAUGGCCAAGCCUGAAAGAGGGCUAGAAUAUCCAUUUAAAGGGAAGGCUGGAGGGCCUCAGCAUUCAUUUCUCAUUCAUCUCUGUACAGUGGUAACAGUUGAAAUCCCUGGACUUUUUUGCUGCUGUGAGUGAUAGAAGUGCUCUGGCAGAUGAAGGUUCUUCCGAGACCUUGAAGAGACAGGAAAAUGCCACUAAGAAAAAGCUGCUAAGGCCCUAACUCAGCAUCUGUAGGGAGAGCUCUCACCAGCAAAGGGAACAGUAGGGCACACUGUGAAAGUCAAGUGUCCUGCAGAGAACCCAAGGGCUAGGAUGCUUUGUGGUGACCAACGGGAGAUGGGGAACAAAGAGAGGGAUUUGCUUGUAUGACUGGCUUUUGGGGAAUCAUCUCAGUGGGAUAUAGCCUCCUGGAGGACCCUGUAGCUUUGUUGUUCUUUUGUCCGUUUCCAGCUAUUUUUCCCUGGGGAUCUUUGCCACAGCAUGUGGGUUCUACAGCCAAGAUUAAAACCCUUUGAAGCUGUGCCAACUCUGGGAAGAAUUCCAGUACAUGAAAUCUAUCCUAGACUAGAAAUGUGCAUUUUCUUCCAGAGAUGGAGGAAGGCAGCAUAAAACAAAGAUCAAGAUCAACCCCCUAAGAGCUCUCUGAGACUGGGAUUCUGAUUCUUCCUCGCUCUCCCCUCUGGGCUAUGUAAGAUUGAAGACAAGGCUUUCUUACUAGCACCAGGCUGAAGUUUCUAUCCCUUGGUAAACAUUACUGCCAGCAACCCUCCUAGGGACAGAAAGGAGCUCAUUUUUAAUCAAAAAGUUAGAGCUUCCAAAUACAGCAUCCAGUUUGGGACAGGCUGUUUCAACUCUAGGUCAAUGAGGGAGAGUUUAAAGCCUUCUGACAAUCAGCUUAGUGUUUUUCAGCCAUAUGUCCUUGUGAAGUAAUGUGAUUGCAUAUAUGAAGUAAAAACCAAGGCUUGACAUACUUAGCAUAGCCUUAGCUGUCUAGAAGACAUAGGAUCUCUAGCAAGGGGUCACCACAAUUUGCAGAAACAAUUCUUGUUUGGAAAAGGGUCAGCCAUUUUCUUUUAAAUAUAUUUGCAAGCCACUGUAUGGUACUGAAGACAGAUGGGUUCAUGAAUUUCAUGCUGCAGCUCUGUAUUCAUUUUAUUUGCACUUAUGUUCUGUUUGACACCUUCAGUAUUGACCGUGUUGAUGUGACGUUUGAUGGACUGCUGGGAGAUACAGGACAUUCUGACACUGCCACAAAGCUCUUUGUUACAGCACAGUGUCAGUAGUAUGCUCACUCUUUCUUAAGGAGAACCAGCAGUAAGUAACUUCCCUGAAGCAAUGUACUAAGCCAAGGAAAUCACUGAAGGGUGUUCACACUGUCACAGCAGCCUGUGAUCAUGCUGUGCCCUUCAUUAACAACUUCCAGCUGGCAGACACCAUUCUCCUGCAGCAAAGGAGACAGAUCUGACCUUUGGUCAAAGCCCUGCAUGUUAUGGAGGCCAGGCUGUGGCAGUGCUUGUAACAGCUGUUUUGCCCCAACUUACCUAUCAUUUCUAAUUCCACAAUAAAAUGUAAUCCAAACUCUUGAACAGUAUCACUCUCCCUGUGCCACUUCUGGAAGUUACACUGGGCUCACAGUAGGAUUUAAUGAUAGAGGGAUAUUCAGAUACCAAGCUAUGAGAGAUCUAUUAUUCCAUGCUAUCUAGUACUCUUACAGGGGCAGAAGUAGUACCAUGCUUGCCUGCAGCCAGCUGCUUGGAGACUGACUGUGAGCUCCUGCGUUGUGCAUGCAGCAGCAGGCACUGAAGCAGAGCUGGAGGUGAUCAGGGUGCACAACCACUGCACUGCUUGUGAUGCUUGUUUUUCUUAGAAAUGCUGUAGACCGAACCUUAAAUGAUCCCUUGGUCUCAGCAUGCGCCAACAACUAUGUACUCAUGUUUGCCUUGUCCUAAUUCCACAUUUGGCAUGGCUAAAUUAGUGUCAGUUCAAAUGAGGAGCAUGAAACUCCUGACUGUCCCCGCGUACUGUGCUAUGGUCCAUGGCAUUGGGCACACACAGCAGGCUAACCAGAUUGUUUCUGGCUAAAGCCAACCCAAAUGAUCCAUUGCAGGUGGCUCACAAACAAUAAAUCUGGACUAAUGGUGGUCUGAAAUAAACUCUCAUGAAAUUUG